AUGUUUAGCUCCGACUGCAGAGUAAUCAAUAGUCUGCUUGUGCGACUCGAUAUCAUCCAAGAAUCCUUUCGAGCUGAAAGGGUGGUUGUCAGCACGUCGAAGUCUGGUGUUUCGCGUGGACGAAACCGGUGGCAUGGUCCACGAACAGGGUCCCGCCAACAUAUUGCUUGGAAGUCUUCUCCUCGCCAAAAGUUGUUGUUGAGCAGCAUCGGAUCGUGGACUGCGGCGACGCUGUUUCGCAAGUUGACAGACAGCACACUUGGGACUUUUGCAAGACUUGAACUCGUCUUUCUUGGCAGAGAAGCAACUUCUUCUCAGCCUUGCCUCGUCUACAAGACGAUUCGCCGUAAGCAUCAUGGGCAGGUUGUUGCCCGCUUGGACUGCGGCGAGAGCAAUCUGAUGUUGGUGUCUGGAACGUACACAGGAGUUAUGGAGGACAAACCAUUCAGACUUUUUGUCCCACAAGCAAUCGGCUUGGUGACAAAAUCUUCUAGAUUCGGAGUCAGAGAGAAAGAUGCUCCGGACGAAAAUCCGCAAGAAGCUCGUCGAGAACAACCCCAUACUGCGAUUCGUACUGGAGUGACUAGGUUGCUUGACGUCGUAAUCUCCCCAGAAAUCCUCUUCCUUGAGACUCUUCAGCUCCCUCUGGAGAACAUCUUGCUCCUUAGGGCUCUUGGCGCGAACUAA